UCAUGGCCAGCUUGGACCUCAUGCACCUGUAGCUGUUCCCCCCUAAAUGCCCUGUAGGGGGCAGUGAUUGCCGGAGCAGCUCCAUGUAAGCCGGACAUUGCCCAGGCGGAGACAGGAAAUCAACACAAAGUUGGUCAAAUUGUGUCACUUUGUAGUUUUCUUGACUAAAGUUGACAGAACAUGUUUUUGAACCGGUCACGCAGCGGACACGAACCUCCCACAGAACCAAACGUUUGAUACUGACUGCGCCUGCGCACUCAGAGCAGACUAUCGAGCCGCCCUUCCUCCCCGCCAACUUGCACCGCAGGGUCGGGCGGACGUGGACUCACAACAACCCCGAGUUGAUUCACUCGUCUUACCGGACACUUUCCCGGGAUCAGAUGGAGAGCCCGCAUCGCACCGAGCACGAUUUGCCGCUCAUGCUGCCGUCUCUCCGCCUCUUCAUACCUCCUCUGCGCCUUGUUUCUGCGGCCAUGUGGCAGGUCGUCCAGAGGGGGAACGUGCAGGACUACGGGAUGGUGGAGGAGUUCAUCAGCACGGUUUCAGAAAUCGUACCUGAGCUUUUGAACGCAGAUCAGAAAGCUCAGCUCCUCCUGGGGCUCAGAGCACGGGUGGUUCUCGAACUGUGUCGGGCCGAGCAGAUCAGGGACACAGAAACCAUCGAGAUGCACCUGGAGCGGAUCAAAGCUCUCGUAUCCACUUGGGCGGCGCAGCCGUGUUUCGCAGAAGUUGAGUUUCCAGAAUCAAACUUCGUCGAUCAGGUCGAAUUGCUGUUGAAAGACGCUGAAGAGAGGGAGAAGUUUUUCCAGGAUGUUUUUCCUACAGAUUUUGGACCCGACUAUGACAGCGCGCUGCAAGUGCUCAUGCUGGAUUUCCUGUCCAGACUGGAGAGGCUUCUUCCAGUACCAGACAUUCAGCAGACAGCGUCCAUGCUCAGUGCCGUCCCAUCCGCCCUGGAGGAGUGUGUUCACUCAGUUCCUGACCCACGGCACCUGAAAACUGUGCUCCAGUACCACACAACCCUCGGACAUUUCGAUUUUUGCGAUGAAACUCAGUCCAUUCCUUCUUCUUUUGGGAAUUGCAUCCUGUCUUCGCUGUCCCUCCCUCAGCUGGAGAAGGUUGUAAUUGAUGCAGACCAAAUCCAGUUACAGCCUCCAUCAGAGGACAUGCCAGGCUGUAUGACUGUCCAGGUGGAGGGUGAAACGGUGACCCUGUUGGACUACAUCCAGAUCGAACAGCCAUCAGAUUUGGUUGAGCACGACGAUCAAGAAGAACUCGAAGCGAACGACGAGGAACCUCCCGGAGAGGACGUCAGUGACGCUCUAAAGCCAGCAGCUUUCCAACCGCUGAAACAAAGCAAACGUCUCCAGUUGAAGAGGAAGAUUUUAAAAGAUAAAGACUCGGCAGCCAAGAGGCAAAGGAAGAAAUACCCCAACAAUAAGACAUGUCCGGUGUGCAAUAAGAUUUUCCUGCGAGCUGCAGCCAUGAGACGACACCAGGAAACUCAUUCUGCCAAUCGGGAUCUCAAAUACAAGUGCGCCAACUGUGACAAACGAUUCAGGGACCAUUACGACAUGAAGCGACACAACAUGCGCGUUCACGAAAAGGACGAGUUGAGCAACAGCGCCAGAGAAGACGACCCCGAAGAUCCUUGCACGUCCGAGAUGUCCGAAAACAAAAACUGCGCUCUGUGUGGGAAGUAUUUCGCCCGUCGAGUAGACAUGGAUCGACACAUGAAGUCCCACUCAGAGGACCGGCCAUACAGCUGUUGUUUCUGUGAGAAGAAAUUUAAAAAUCCCUAUGUGUUAAAGAGACACCAGAAGGAGAUCUGCAAGAGCAGAGAGCUGAAAAGACCAAAGAGGAGAGAGAUGCAACGCUCGACUCCACAGCCGCCGUCGGAGGGGUCGAUGGAGGGCAAAGCCUGUCCCAUCUGCAGCAGGAUCUUACCUUGCUCUGCGGACAUCGCAAAGCAUUUACGAUCUCACACAGAAGAGCGUCCUUUCAUUUGCCUGACUUGCGAGAAAGGCUUCAAGUACAAGGACACGCUGAAGAAGCAUCAGAUCAUUCAUGGUCACGAGGGUAUCAGAGAGGAACAGAGCAAAACGGUGGAGCAGAUUUUAGCUGAAGCUGACAAUCAGAACUGUAGCGAUGGAGACAAAAAAGAAAAUCUGGACCUACCUGCAGAUAUUUCCGAGGAGUCGCCGUCUGCACCUGUGAAAAGAGUCAACAAAAAAGGCCUGAAAAUGUGUCCUGUUUGUGCUCGUGUGUUCGACAGUGUCAAAACACUCAACAGGCACAUACAGUGCCACACAGAGGACCGGCCUUAUCACUGCAUCCACUGCAAGAAGCGCUUCAAACACAUGCACGGGCUGAAAAGACAUCAGAUUUACGCCAUUUGUCACAAGAAAAUCGCCCGAUUCUCGUGGAAAAAGGAGCAGAGAGCCGGACUGAGCCAAGCGGAAGUAACCAGUGCUGAACCCCAACAGGGCCAGCCUCUGAAAAUCCCCGUGUGGUGCUCAAACUGCGGCAAACACUUUGAAUACCCGUCGGCUUUGAAGGAGCACCAAGAAAACGUUUGCAAAGUGGAAGUGAGUGAAAUCAUGAAAUGCGAUGACUGCGGGAAAGAGUUCAAGAGCAUGACGAUGCUCAAAGUGCACCAGAGGAUCCACGAUCCGCUCUACUGCAAAGAGUGCGGGAAGAUACUCGCCAACGAGGCGGCAUUCGAGAGGCACAAACUCAUGCACCGGCCGAUGCAGUGCACGAUGUGCGACAAGACUUUUACUCUCCUGAGACGCUUGAGGGAACACUACGAGAAGCAGCACGACUUCGCCGGCCCGUAUCCUUGCGGGCAAUGUGACAAAACCUUCAUGCAGCUGUCCUACCUCGCCAUCCACCAGAGAAUCCACAAAGGGGAGUUCCCGUACAUCUGCAGCAUGUGCCCAGAGAAGUUCAGGUCUUCAAACUGUCUCACGGUUCAUCAGAGGAAACACACCGGGGAGAAACCCUUCCUGUGCUGGCAGUGCGGAAAGUGUUACCGCUCGGCGUCGGAGCUCACGGUGCACAUGGGGACCCACUCCGAGGAGAGGCCGUGGGCUUGUACGCAGUGCGACAUGGCUUACCGCACCAAGCUGCAGCUCACGAACCACGUCGAACAAAUCCACAUCGGCGUCCGCUAUCCCUGCAACAGCUGUGGGAAGCAGUUCAUGAAGGAGACGUCGCUGAAGCGGCACGAGCUCAUCCACACAGGCGAGAGGCCACACCAGUGCACCGUGUGCGGUAAGACCUUCCUGACCGCCAACGAGCUCCGGCUCCACAACCGGUAUCACACCGGGGAGCGCCCGUACAAGUGCGAGGAGUGCGGCAAAGCCUUCAUUCAGUCGGGAUAUUUAAAGUCGCACAUGCGCAUCCACACGGGAGAGAAGCCAUUUAAAUGUGACAUUUGCGAUAAAGGCUUCAGGUUGUCGUAUCACAUGAAGAAACACAGACGGACUCAUGCCGGGAAGCCAAAGAGCUACAUAUGUGAGGAGUGCGGGUUAGCGUGCCUCCAUAAAAAGUCUCUUUGGGAACAUUCGCUCACUCACAACGUGAAAAUCGAACCAUCGUUCAACGACGAAGUGAGAAUAGAGUUUCAGUAGAAAGUUUUCUGAGCUGGUAUCACCAAAAACACUUAAUUUGCUCUCUGUUGUUUGAUUUUGAGUUCUUCUUUUCCCUCCUUGUUGCUUUACUGUGUUGAUCCACAUCUUCCGUAGAGCAUACUGAUGAUCUAUAAAGUUGACAUAUAUAUUUAAAGCCAUGGCUUUUUGAAAUAAACCUUUCUUGAAUGUA